GAAGGGUAUAUCAAAAUACAUUAGUAGAAUUUACCUCUGGGGAGUGUGGCUGGGACCGGGGCUUUCAAGUUCCUCUUCACAAUCACACUGUAAUUUUUUCAUUUUUCUACUGGUAGGAUGAAUCAUUUUGACAACAAAAUGCUGGCACACAGAAGAACCGGAUGACAAUGGUUGCCUCUGGGGAUAGGAGUAGAGGACUAGGCAAUUGGGGUGGUAGAGAGUCUUACUUUUAACCGAACUGUUUAAAUUUGAUCAUGUUCAUGUAUAUUUAAAAACCAGUAGUACAUCGACAAUACGGAUGAAUCUCACAAAUAGUAUUGAACAAGAGAAGUGAGGCACAGAAGAAUACAUGUUGUAUGGGUCUGUUUAUGCAAAGUUCAAAACAGGCAAAACCAGUAUGUGGGGUUACUUCUGCGUCGGAAGGAGCAGAAAAGAGGCGAACGUUGCAGCAAGGCGGCGGAGCAGGUUCAAACAACAUGGCAACCGCAGGAGAACUUGCAGAGAAACGUCCAUAUACUUCCUCCUAGGGACGUUUUAGUGGAUGCAGGACUUUUAAGAACAAAAUAGUAAUGACACAAGGACAGACACACACGCAAACGAACAAAUAAGGUGACAGAAUAGGGGGCCCAGAAAUAGACCCAAAACCGGAACUUCAUAUAUUAAGGGUGGCAUUUAAAUCACGUUGGGAAUGUGGCAGUUUUAACAAAUAGUCUUGGCAUAACUGACUACCCAUCUGUUACAUCUUAACUCAUACACACACGGAUUAAUUCCAGAUAUAUUAAAGAUUUAAAUUAAUUAAAAAAAAAAAACUUGAGAACAUCUGAUUCGGGGAAAGAAAACCUCUCCACACCGGAAUGCGAGAGUGCGGAAAUGCGCCUUCCGCCGUUUCCAUUGGGCUCCCACGGCCUAAGUCAGGGAACAUCCAACCAAUAAGAAUUGGGCAUGGGCGGCGCGCUCAGCCAAUGGGGUCAGGGCGGGAGAUUUGAAAGCGCCUCGGCUGGGGCGCGGCGGGGCAGAUUCAGUCGUUUGCGGGAGGCAGGGAGAGCAGCUGUCCCGCCGGCUCCAGCUCCCCGCCCCCUUUCCCUCUAAGGAUGGCCCAGAAGGAGAACGCCUACCCCUGGCCCUACGGCCGGCAGACGGCUCAAUCUGGCCUAAACACCCUGCCCCAAAGAGUAUUCCGGAAAGACCUUGCCACCCCAUCUGCACUUGUCCUCAUGAGCCGCUCCAAUGCCCAGCCCACAGCUGCCCCUGGUGAGAAGAAGAUGACAGAGAACAGCAGUGGGACACCCAGCUUCUUAAUGCGGCCCUUCACAAUUGACGACUUUGAGAUUGGGCGUCCUCUGGGUAAAGGCAAGUUUGGAAAUGUGUACUUGGCUCGGGAGAAGAAAAGCCAUUUCAUCGUGGCACUCAAGGUCCUCUUCAAGUCUCAGAUAGAGAAGGAGGGUGUGGAGCACCAACUGCGCAGAGAGAUCGAAAUCCAGGCCCAUCUGCAGCAUCCCAACAUUCUGCGUCUCUACAACUAUUUCUAUGAUCGCCGGAGGGUCUACUUGAUUCUGGAGUAUGCCCCGCGGGGGGAGCUCUACAAGGAGCUGCAGAAGAGCCGCACUUUUGAUGAGCAGCGAACAGCCACGAUCAUGGAGGAGCUGGCAGAUGCUUUGAUGUACUGCCACGGGAAGAAGGUGAUCCACAGAGACAUAAAGCCAGAGAAUCUGCUCUUGGGGCUCCGGGGAGAGCUCAAGAUUGCUGACUUCGGCUGGUCUGUCCACGCCCCCUCCCUGAGGAGGAAGACAAUGUGUGGCACCCUGGACUACCUGCCCCCAGAGAUGAUCGAGGGGCGCAUGCACAAUGAGAAGGUGGAUCUUUGGUGCAUCGGAGUACUUUGCUACGAGCUGCUGGUGGGAAACCCACCCUUUGAGAGUGCUUCACACAACGAGACAUAUCGGCGCAUUGUCAAGGUGGACCUGAAGUUCCCUCCUUCUGUGCCCACAGGAGCCCAGGACCUCAUCUCCAAGCUGCUUAAGCAUAACCCCUCAGAACGGCUGCCCCUGGCCCAGGUCUCAGCCCACCCUUGGGUCCGAGCCCACUCUCGGAGGGUGCUACCUCCCUCUGCCCUUCAGUCUGUCCCCUGAAUUGUCCGUCAUUUACUCAGUGUCUGUGUUUGUAUGUCUGUGUACAUGUAGGGGGAAGGAGGUGACCCUGGCCUAUUCCCUUAUCUGUCUUCUACCUCCUUUUAUUUAAUAAAGGCUGAAGCUUUUUUAUACUGGUACGUGUAGAUGUUUACAGGUAGGAGAAGCUGUCCCUUAUCGGAAGGAGCUGGGGUGGAGGAUGUAUCCCUGCCCCUGGCAACACCCUGCCUUCUCAGCUAUGAUGCCCACCAGGUCGGCUCCCAGCCACCUUCAUUCGUCCCAUUGUCCUUUCCUUCCCCAGCUCUGACUCCUAGGGCCCGGGGUGCUGAAGAACCUUGUCUGCCCCAGCCUCACUUAAACAUCACCCACCUGCCUGCCUUCUCUUACAUCUUGCCCUCUCUUGAUUAUCUGACCUCUAGUCUUUCCCG